UAUGAUUUUCAGUCAGGAAACUCCCCAGUUGCUGAAGAGAUGGAGCUGCCGCUUAGACAACAUGUUAUCCUGCUGCUUUUCCUGCUGACUUUGGGUUCAGGUGCAGUUAUAAAGCAAUCAAAAGAACAGAAAGAAGCAUGGGGGUAUGUAACAGUCAGAAGCAAUGCACACAUGUUCUGGUGGCUCUACUAUGCAAACAACUCUGCCAAAAAUUUCACGGAAUUACCUCUCAUUAUGUGGCUUCAGGGAGGUCCAGGAGCUUCAGGCUGUGGAUUUGGGAACUUUGAAGAAAUUGGUCCCUUGGAUGCAGAACUGAAACCAAGAAAUACAACCUGGCUGCAGGCAGCCAGUUUACUGUUUGUCGAUAAUCCCGUUGGCACUGGAUUCAGUUACACAAAUGAUAGUAAUGCGUUUGCAAAAGAUCUCUCCACUGUAUCUUCCGAUAUGCUGGUUCUUCUUAAAGAAUUCUUCAGGUCAAAGAAAGAAUUCCAGACUAUUCCAUUUUACAUCUUCUCAGAAUCUUAUGGAGGAAAAAUGGCAGCUGGAAUCGCUUUAGAGCUGUAUAAGGCUAUUCAUGAUGGGAGCAUAGAGUGCAAUUUUGGUGGGGCUGCUCUCGGAGAUUCAUGGAUUUCUCCUGUAGAUUCUGUGCUUUCCUGGGGGCCAUACCUUUACAGCACUUCUCUCCUUGAUGAUCAAGGUCUAGUGGAAGUGACUGCCGCUGCCAAAAAGGUCAUGAAUGCAGUGAAUAAAGGGCAAUACACACUGGCCACUGAGCUCUGGAGUCAAACCGAGGAAGUAAUUGAACAGAACACUGACAACGUGAAUUUCUAUAACAUCCUAGCCAAGAAGUCUCCAGAUCUCAAAGCCUCGAAACAUGAAAAUACCCAUCUUCUUAAACUUUACCAGCGCCAUGUCGAACGUCUGCAUAAGGACAGCUUAAGUGACCUGAUGAAUGGACCCAUCCGAAAGAAGCUGACAAUCAUUCCUGACUCUGUCACAUGGGGAGGUCAGUCAGAAGAAGUCUUCUUACACAUGGCCGAAGACUUCAUGAAGCCUGUCACUGAUAUUGUGGAUGCGCUGCUGGCAGCCAAUGUCAACGUUACUGUCUAUAACGGACAGCUGGAUCUCAUUGUGGACACCAUGGGCCAGGAGGCAUGGGUUCGGAAACUGAAAUGGCCUAAACUGAAGCAGUUCAGCCAACAAAAAUGGAAGGCUCUGUAUGGAUCUCCAGAGUCCUCUGAGACAGCUGCUUUCCAUAAGUCCUAUGAGAACUUGGCCUUCUUCUGGAUUCUAAAGGCUGGGCACAUGGUACCAUCCGAUCAAGGGGACAUGGCGUUGAAAAUGGUCAGGAUGGUGACACAACAGAAACACUGGUGAAAUGGAUGCCAGCUGGCAUGGUUUUCACAUACAACUCCAGUGCAUUAGCAGAACUUGUGCCACAGACUGAACUUCAGAAGGAACAAUCACUAUGUGGAAAGUUAGCCUCUUUUACACUUUGGUAAUGUGCAAGGCAUUUAAGGAGAUGCAUGGUUAUUCUUAAAUGAAAUGCUGCCUUUGAA